AUGCCAUCUGCUGCAUCAAUGGACACACCAGGUCGUCGUCAUUCAUUCGGAACCCCAUUAAGAAGCUUCAGAGAAGCAAAUGUUCCUUUGAAUGAUGACGCCUCGGAGAUCAGAUCGCGUAGAAAAUCUUUAGUAGACUCAAUACGAAGAAAAUCCCUAAAUGUUUCCGGAAGUAGUAUUCCUGUUAGAGCCGGAAGUUCUGGUCUUCAAAACGUGUCGACUACUCCAAGUCGAAGAAAUUCGAUUAGACCUUUGGAAGUAGUCACUCCUAUUCAAAAGAUACCAGAUGAACAAAUGUAUAUUAAUUUUGAAGAAUGGAUGAAAAUGGCGACAGAUAACAAAAUUAAUGCUAACAAUAGUUGGAAGCUUGCAUUAAUCGAUUAUUUUCAUGAGAUGACAUUAUUGAAAGACGGCGAUUCUAUAAAUUUUCAAAAGGCUUCAUGUACAUUGGAUGGAUGCGUAAAGAUUUACACUUCACGCGUUGAUUCUGUAGCAACAGAAACGGGAAAACUUUUAAAAAAUAAUGAUGAGAACGAAGAAAACGAUAAUCAAGCUGAUCCUGAUAGACGUACUCGUAAAAAGACUACAAGAUCGGAAACGGCAUUGGCUAAAGACUAUAGUGCAUUGACUGUAAAGAAAUUUGACUUAGAAUUCUCGGUUGAUCCUCUUUUUAAAAAAACUUCUGCAGACUUUGAUGAAGGUGGGGCUCAUGGUUUGCUGUUGAAUCAUUUGUCAGUCGACACGGAUGGCAAAAUAAUAUUUGAUGCAAGCGACGCUAUACCUGAUGAAGAUGAAGACGAAAACAGCAAUGAUAAUAUGACUAUAGAUGAUGAUAACCAACCAAAAAUUGACAUUUCAAAACUUCGAUCAAAGUAUCUCUCAGGACUCCAACAAAUAUUCAAUAAGGAGAUUUGUCCUUCAUUGCAACAUUUUGAUUUUUCAGGAAAUAGCAAUCCAGAUUUUGAUUAUACAAUGCAUAAUGAUGAUGAUGGAGUUGAUAUAAAUAGUAAUGAUGAUGUUAUUGAAGUUAAUAGAAAUGACGAUUAUGAAGAAGUAAAUAGAAAUGAAGAUUAUGAAGGAAAUAAUUAUGAUGAAGGGGUUGGUAUAAAUUAUGAAAUUUCGGGAGUUUUCGAUGAAGACGACAUGAAUCAACAUGCACGAUUGACAGAAAAUGACUUUGUCAUGGCUAUGGUCAGUAAUGAAAACGAAUUGUUUUCUUAUUUUGACUCUGCGUUCUUACGUAAUUGGGCGGGUCCUGAACAUUGGAAGUUAAAAAAAACUAGUAAAAAUAAAGGAACUACAGAAACUGAAGGAGAGACAAAGGAGAGAAAGAAAAAAGAAACGGAACUUGUUACUUUUAUUGAAUCAGAGGAUUUGGAUGAGCGAUUCAUCUUUGCUUCUGGGAGAAGUACGAUAAAUGCGCCUAAGUUAGCUGAGAAAGUACCACAUGGACACCUACUUCCCGACGAUAUGCAUUUUUCGUCUAAGCAAUUGCUUCAAUUAUUCUUAAAACCUCAAGUCAUGCUUAACUCAAAACGUCAAAAUGAAGCACAGGCCGAGCUCGAGUCUGAUGAUGUAGCUUUACCGGAUAUGAUAGCUAUCUACACUACUGGAGAAGCAAAAAGAAUUGAUGUUAAGAAAUUGAAGGAAAAUAUAUGGAAAACAUUAACUAUAAAUACGAAAUUUUCGGGAGUUUUUGGUGACCUAAAGAAAAUAUAUCCUCAAAAAAAGAUGAAAGAUAUUUCGGUACCGUUUUGUUUCAUUUGCUUAUUACAUUUAGCAAACGAGAAAAGUUUGGAAGUUACAAAUGGUAUUCAUUUAAUGGAAUUACAAAUUGAUAACGUUAAUUAA